AUGGCCUCUUUAAUAAGGCUUAAUCAAUUGCCUUUAAUGCAAAGGUGUGUGUGGAAUCAUUUCAACAAAAUUAGUCGCACCAUUUCAACUUCUAGAAAAAACAGUGAUAGUGCAGCUACGGCUGCUGCAGCUGCUGGGGCUGCUGCUGCUCCUUCGAGUAAGAAGAAAGAAGAAAAUUGGGUCAGCUAUGGCUUUGAUUACAAUAGCCAAAAGGACGACACAAAUUACCACCAUGCAUCCUUUUUCUUCUCUGUAACAUUAUGCUUAGUAUUCGGCGGAUUUGCUUGGGCUUAUGCUCCUGACACACUCAGUAGAGAUUGGGCUCAGCGCGAGGCAUUCUUGGAACUACGCCGCCGGGAAAAAGCGGGUCUGCCACCAAUUGAUCCAAAUUAUGUAAACCCAAGUUCUGUGAAGCUUCCUUCUGACAGUACUAUAUGUGAUGUUGAAAUUAUUAUUUAA